AUGGCGUUACAUAACGCGGCGAAAUCCCAAGGUCGAGACGAAUCGAAACCGUACAUAAAGUCAUUCUUCGGCCGGUCCUACAACAACCUGAACUCAAUCACCGAGUGCAAGAACAACGGCGAAUGCGUCAUCAACAAGAAGAACCGCACCGCGUGCAAAGCGUGCCGCCUGCGCAAGUGCCUCAUGGUCGGCAUGUCGAAGUCCGGCUCCCGAUACGGCCGCCGCUCGAACUGGUUCAAGAUCCACUGCCUGCUGCAGGAGCAGCAGCAGGCCGCGCAGUCCAGGUCGCCGCCGAGGGUCCCCCCGUCGCCGCACCAUCUGGCGCCGCCCUUCCCCCCGCAUCUCUUCCCCGGAUUAGCGCGGCCGCGGACGAAAGAGGAGCUCGCGUUGCUGGGCCUCGACGAGUACAAAGCGCCCUGCUCCGGCUCCCCGGACUCCCAUCGCAGCGGCUCAUCCCCCAAGCUGGACGAGAAGACCCGCAUCACGCAGUCGCGGCCGCCCGAUAGACCGCUAACGCCACCCAGGGACGCCUACGUCCCGCUGCCAUUAGCCAACAUCUCCUUGCCCCACUUCCCCCACUCGCCGUUCUUACCCCCGCCCCCCUUCAGCCCGUUCGCCGCCAACCACCCGCUGAUCUUCCCGCCGGGGUUCCAUCCGAUAUACUCCAGGCACCUCCUCGACCACGCGGCCCUUAGGCAGGCGGCCGAAAACAACAACGACGUGAGGAUCGACGACCACAACGCGGACUCGUCGAAACGGUUCUUCCUCGACGAGAUCCUGAAGCAGCAGCGCUCCGCCCAACCCACGCCUCAGGAUGACGUCAUAUCUGAGGCGGAAUUCGUGCCUACUCCGCCGGCAGAGAGGAGGAGAUCGGAGUCGCCGCUGCAAGAGAACCCGAUGGACUUGUCGGUCAAGUCUGAUGGCAGGUCGAGCUCUGCGCGACGGAGGUCCGACGACAGUGAGAUCAUCACACCGGACAACGAUGACGUCGACUCGGCCAGCGGUGGUGGUUCGGUAAGCGAAGAGGAGGACAUGGCCUACACGCAAAUCAAACGGAUCAAACUUCACCCCCUGGACUUGACGACCAAAGUG